GCCAACACCAGCUGCUCCCACCGCCUACUACACGUGACCUUCCGCAUCAUGCAAGCUUCGAUGCUGCUCGCGUUUGUAUUGGGCCAGAGCUUCUUCAUGCACGCACUAGCGAUCCCCAUCCGCUCGCUUGCUGAAGACUACUCAAACACGGCCGUCACCCCUGCGAGUGGACAGUAUUGGUCAAAGCAGAAUGUCCUUACGCUUAUUGGUGUGUGCGUUGGUGUCGUCACUGUUAUCAUCGGAUUGGUCGGCGUUCUUGUUGCAUCGCCCAAGAUACGAGAGUGGCUGUGCAUGCCCAUCCAUUGGUUCAAAUGGCGUGUGAAACGUACUACAAGAGACAGUUGCACCUCGUCCGUACCACAAGGCCGGUCAUUAACCAUUAAGAAUUGGAAGAAAAGAGAUGAGAAGGCGGUCCGCCAUCAAUUGCAAACCCGUUACAAUGAGUUCCUAGAGGCAAGACGAGGGGGUUUCUGAUGUAGAGAGGGAUCUUUGACUUGUCAAAUGUGGCAGUCGAUUUUGGAAUCGUUCAACAAAUGGGUGUCAACGAUGACAUCUCCGUUUACUUCCUAUGACCGUUUCCGUACUUUGGUUCUUGUUGUAUAUAGUUCUUCUUCCUUGUUGUUUUGAAGUGGCCCUAUACAUAACAACCAGAAUAUUCAGCUUGUUAUACAUCCACCACAUGUGG